CGUCGGAGCUCUGCCAUUGGAUGAUGUCGUUGGGCUGUCGCCUACUGAUCGGGAACGCGCCGCUAAGGGCGGACGUUGGGAGUGGGCUCUCAGUCACUUCCCUCCGUAUGUUUUGAUUCCUUGAAGUCACUGUCAGUGGACUAGCUGGAAAAUGUCCGCUUUAACGCCACCUUUGAAUGACCAGUACGUUUUUCAUCGACGUGACUUUGAAGAGCCGCCAUCGGUAAAUCAGCGAAGAGGCAGGCAUACUGCUCAACCUGUUCACGAUGCGGGGCAGACCGCAGCACACCACCAGCGACACCGGGCUGAUAGCAGCUGGACCCGACCUCGACUGCCAAGUGAUCCCAGUGCCAGAUGGCCCCAAGUGGAUGACCCCACCACCAGAGAGCCUCGGCUGGAUGACUGUGAGCGAAUGGGGACUUUGUUUGGGAUGCUCAACAAGUGUCUGCGGGGGAUGGGCUUCAGCCAGAUGUACUUUGGAGACAAGAUAGUGGAGCCAGUAGUGAUUGUCUUCUUCUGGCUGCUGCUCUGGUUCCUGGGUAUUCAGGCUCUGGGACUGGUGGGAACUUUGUGCAUCAUCAUCAUCUACAUCCAGAAGUAAUGAGCGCUGGUAAUCCGUGGAGCCUGCUGUUCAUAUUUACACAUGCAGGACUCGUUUCAUUUUAAUGGAUGUUUGCAUUGGAAUAUGCAGUGGAUCUGUGCUUUUAGGGGGGACAGCUGCUCGGUAGUGAUAGUGGCUGAUGGACACUUGGCAGGUUUCUGGAAACGCUUUAACGCUUGUUCAGUCAGGAUUCUCAGGAAUUCCUCUCUUGUUCUGGAGCUUCCCCCGCCUCAGUAAAAGGAGUGGAGCUGUCCUGCUGCCUCUGCUGGCAUGGCGUAAUGGUAUUGAUCAGCCAAUUUAAAGGAAUGGGAAGUCAUUUUGGGAAAUGUUUUUGUUUUUGUUUGAGUCAGAGGAAGUGAAGGCCAGGAGUCCCAGUGCUCAGGAAAUACAAGUGCACACAACAGAUGAGAGAUCUUUCCUAACAUACAGCCUGUUAAUGUGGUGUGUAAGCGCAGCAGUAAUAUGACUCCAAUAAUUAAUCAGAAGAAACAGUGUCUGAAAGUAAAGCUGACAUAUAGUACAUAGUGUGUUUUUGUGAAACCUUUUUGCAGUAAAAUGUUUACUUUGUGAGAUACUAGGGAUGCACAGUAUAUUCUGAUAAGUGGGAAAAUGUCCUUACUGUUAUUGCCCCGAAAUUGCACAUUGGUGUAUCUCUAAUAGAUACAAGUGGAAGUCAUCUUCUCAAGGGAAUGGACAGAAAUGUGAAGUAUGUCACUAAUGAAUUCUCACAUUCAUGGAAAGAUAAGAAAUUGACAAAUUGGGAUAAAACUCCCAUUUUGUUUUGGAAACUAAAUGUGUUCCAACAGAUAGAAUUCAGUUUGAGUAUUCUUAUGCCAAUUUUAGUGGAGGGACAAAGCUAAACACGCAGUCUUCCAGUUUGUCUCUGCGGGGGUUGGCAGAGCUGCAGUGUGACAGUUACUCCCAACAAGCCCAGACAACAUCUCAAGUUAGACUGACACUGCUGACUACAACUACACUGGAGUGUUCAGCUGAGUAACAGACUGAUGUUUAUUUAUGCAUAGAGCUGGUAGGGUACACUGAUAGAAUAUCAAUAUCAACCUGUCAGACUUGACAUGGUCUUUGGGUUUUGGUUAUAUUGCGAAAUACCUUCAAUUUCUGUUUUUAGUCUGCAUAACAUUUAAGUUACACAAUUGUCUUAACCAAUCAGCCUGUUUUGGCAGAGUGGAAUAAACACUGAAUGCCUCUGUGUAAUCAUAUCUGAUUGUCAUCAUACUCAAAAUCCUCCGAAAGCCUUCUCAGCCUCAGGUGUUGUUAGUCUUUAAAUAAGAAAUACGUCCGUAAUCACAGUCACUUACUGUAAAUCCAAAGCUGAAUGUUCACACUGCAAACAGCUGUAGACGAGGCUGCGUCUCCUAUGAACCACCUGCAUAUGAAAUGUAUUAGUGUCGCCUUCACGGGCAACAUUUAGUUUUAGUGUAGGACAUGACAUUCAAUGGCGCAGGUGGAUGAUCAUACCUUUUUCCAUAAGAGUGUUUGAUAGAGAUGUCCUCGAGCAUUAAGUCAUGGUUGACUUAAAAAUAUUUAACAAGACACCAUCUUUUAUGAACCAGAGCCAAAUGUAUAAGUUGCCUAAACAUAACCAGAAAAACCUUGAUCUGCUGAAGCUGCAUUUUGUUUCCCCAAAAACUUUGAGGAGUGUCUAAAGGUGGAUUUUAGUUUGAUCUGACCUUAAAUUCUAAUGGUGGUCUCAGGUAGUCAUAAUUUACACUUCUGUUAUUGUUGUAGAUUUUGCUGACAUAUUUGAAUGUGCAGGUUAACUGCUCACACACUGUAGUCAUCUCACUGACUUUAAAUUUACUACUGAGUACAAAUGUUUUCCAGGGGAGACAUCAUUACUGUGCCGUAUGUUCACUACUCACUUAGUGGAGCCCUGCUGCAUUUGUCCCUCUUUUAAGAAGCUGUGAUCAAUUCUUUUGAACAUCACUUUUUGUUUAUAAGGUGUCAACAAAAGAAAUGUUGACUCUAAAUGUUUUGCACCGUGUAUGAUUAUGAGUGUUCCCAAAAAUGUUCUUUGGAUGUCACCGAGUUCUACAGUACUGUCUGCAAGAAAUGUUAAAACAACAUAUUUUUUUGUACUGGGAGAGUCCUGAUCCAAGGUCAUUUGUCACAAUACAUAUGUGCCGUGUUAUUUUCAGUCUAUUGCUAAGACCAGUCACUAUAAAGGUGCAUCCCAUUUAACAAAUAUCAAAAAUGCUUCACAUCACUGCUAACCUUUAUCCAAACCAAUCUGUAGUGUUUCAGACUGUUCAGUGUAUUUUUCACACCUUCCAGGAAGCCAUUGGUUUCCAUUCAUUUCCAUUAUAAAAGUGAAUUGGUGGGCUCCGGAACUUGUUAGAUUAGUGUAAUCUGUCACAGUGAACAUCAGAGUCCCGCUUUUCAGACAUGGUUUAACUAAUCCAAACAUGAAUCAAAAGUUGAAAAAAUGAUCAGCACUGACUAAUUGGCUGAGUGCUGAUCAUAUUAUUGCACUCAUGAUUUGUUGACAUGGUACUAGGGCAUUUUUUGACAAAAGUUCGUACCCCACAAAUAUUCUGCCUGGAAUGAAUCAUUGCAAAAAAUCCUUAAAUUUUUUACAUGUAAUUUUGCGGCAAAUUUUCAACGAAGUGUUUCAAUCUAAGUGUAUAAAGUUGGUACUUACAGUGUGAGUACAUUUCCUAACUUUUGGUGUACAAAUGACAAGCACCCUUCAUAAUCUCAUAGUUAAACACCAUGUUUAAUGGUUCCACUGGUCUGAUAAAAGUAACUGUUAGCUGAGUUUAGCUGGGCUUCUUCAUAACCUACAAAUACGUUCUCAUUUCAAAUCGGAAAUACAUCAUCCUUUGGAGAUAAUAAAUUCAGUUACUCUGGGGUUCACCCAAAGACGCAUUGAUCAUAACCCAGCUAACUGAAUAAGCCUGCUAUGACAGCAGCUCCAGAUAAAUUUGAAACCAGAUCUGAAGAGCUGAAAGAUCCAGGCUAAAGUCAGAUCAUCGGUCCUGCUUUUUCAAAUCUGACUUAUCUGACUUAAGCAGCAGUGCGGAAGUAUUAGCAGCAAGACGGCCUCUGUGAAUUUGAUUUUGUCAUACCAUCUAUUUUAUAUUAUUGGAUUUCUGUUACAGAUGCAUUCACAUAUAAGCAGCCUUUGUAUGUUCGUAGCUAAUUCUAACUAUCUAUUGUCAGGUAGUUUAACAUA